AUGUCGACUCGCGGACGCGGUCGCGGGCGAGGUAGAGGUAGGACAGGCACCGUUACUCCUGUACCCACAUGGACUGAUCCAGUAGACUUUAUGGCUGCCCUGGGAAAUAUGGCUGCAGCUAUGCAGGCAACAGCUGAGGCACUGGGUAAUCAGAUAAAUCAGGGUAAUCAUGGGAAUAAUAAUGAUGAGGACGGUCCUAUGACACUUGCUACAUUUCUAAAAGUUCAUCCUCCAAUCUUCAGGGGAACCUCAAAUCCCACUGAUGCAGAUAAUUGGAUUCAGGCUAUGGAAAGGGCAUUACAGGCACAACAGGUUCCUGAAGAGCAAUGGGUUGAAUUUGGAACUUAUCAGUUGCAAGGUGAAGCUCAGUAUUGGUGGCAGGGAACACGACGUAUCCUGCAGCCUGAUGGUGCUGCGAUUCCUUGGGAGGUUUUCCGGACAGAGUUCUAUAAGAAAUACUUUCCUAAUUCAGCUAGAAAUGCCAAGGAACUUGAAUUAAUGCAGUUAAAGCAGGGACAGAUGACUGUUGCUGAGUAUACCAGUAAAUUUGAGGAGUUAUGUCGCUUUUCUCGUAUCUGUCAAGGUGCGCCUGAAGAUUUUGCUGAAUGGAAGUGUAUUAAAUAUGAGGGAGGUCUUCGGAGCGAUAUUCUGAGCUUCGUUGCCCCAAUGGAGAUUAGGGUGUUUUCUGAAUUGGUGAAUAAGAGUAGGGUGGCUGAGGAUUGUGUGAGGAAGGCGGCAGCAGAGAAAGGGAGUUUGAGGAUGCCUUUUCAGAGGCCUUCAGGGAGGAACUUUGCUCCGAGAGGUAGGAAUUUCAAGCGUGGAGGCUUUGUUCCACAGCAGACUCAGGGUCAGGGUAAUUAUAGAAGAUCGAAUAUUACUGCUAAUCAAGGAAAAAUGUUUGGGAAGCAGCCACAGCAGGAUCUGAAUUGUCAAAAGUGUGGAAAAUAUCAUCCUGGAGUUCCGUGCAGACUGGGACUUGGAGUAUGCUAUUCCUGUGGACAGCCUGGGCAUAUAGCCAGUAAUUGCCCAGAAGAAGAAGUAUGA